AUGGAUCACCAUAGUAGUGGUUUUGUAGCCUCACCAUGGGCUGCAGUAUUGGGUCAUCACGCGAUGGCCUCGGCGGGUGCGGAUGCCGGGUUCGCGGCUGCCGCUGCUGCAGCGCAUGUGCAAAAUGUGGCUGUGGCUGCUCAACAUCAUCAUUCACAUCAUCAAAUUGCUGCUGCCGCCCAUCAUACGCAUCACGCCCACCCCCAUCAUUCGCAUCCACAUACAGCCCACCAUCAUCACCAUCAUCACCCGCACUCUCAUCAUUUAAAUCCUGCUGGAAUGCCAAUGGAUUUACAUGUUCCCCAAGGAUUUCCCUAUUACAGAUACCGUGAGGACGCACUAUGCUGGGGCGAUAGAAAAUCUAUGGAAGAGAUUGGUGCCGCUCAGUCAUCGGUAAAUGCGAGAAUUUUAGAGUUACGAAAAGAAAAAUCACGAGAUGCCGCCCGCUCACGACGCGGCAAAGAGAAUUUUGAAUUCUAUGAAUUAGCGAAAAUGUUACCAUUACCCUCAGCAAUAACCAGUCAGUUGGAUAAGGCGUCGAUAAUAAGACUGACGAUAAGCUAUUUAAAAUUACGAGAUUUUUCCGGGCACGGUGAUCCGCCAUGGACUCGAGAACAAAGCACUAGUAGUAAAUUAAAAAGUGCAGCCAUAAGACGUAAUCCUGCUGUCGACUCAUAUGAGCAACAUCACGGUACCCACAUAUUGCAGUCUUUAGAUGGUUUCAUUUUGGCCGUGGCUGCUGAUGGACGUUUCCUAUAUGUAUCUGAAACAGUAUCGAUUUAUUUGGGUCAGAGUCAAGUGGAAAUGACAGGCUCCAGCAUCUUCGAUUACAUACACCCGAGUGAUCAUGCCGAAAUAGCCGAACAAUUGGGUUUAAGCUUAACGAGUAACAGCGGAGUAACGAGUGCUGGUAGUAAUAAUAGUGGACCCCCUGGUCUAGCCUCACCUCAUUCGGGAACUUCGGACGACGGUAUUGGUGCUAAUCAUGGUACCAACAAUCCCGAUGUCUCCGCACAAAUGUCUGUGUCUUCCAACAGCGGCUAUAAAGGAUUCGAGCGUUCCUUUUGCGUACGCAUGAAAUCAACUCUAACAAAGCGUGGCUGCCAUUUCAAAUCAUCCGGGUAUAGGGUUAUUCUCUUACUAUGCAAACUGCGACCUCAGUAUACAUUUUCGCAUUCGCGGAAAUCUCAACCACCAUUAUUGGGUAUGGUAGCGCUAGGUAUAGCAUUGCCACCGCCAUCUGUGCACGAAAUACGUUUAGAGUGUGAUAUGUUCGUAAUGCGUAUCAAUUUCGAUUUUCGCAUAGCACACUGUGAACCAAGAAUUUCAGAUUUAUUAGAUUACAGUCCGGAAGAUCUGGUAGGUAGAAGUUUAUAUUCCCUGUGUCAUGCUGAAGAUGCCAAUCGCUUGAGAAAAUCUCACACGGAUCUUAUCGAAAAAGGUCAAGUACUAACUGGCUAUUAUCGUUUAAUGAAUAAAAGUGGCGGUUAUACUUGGAUGAUGACAUGUGCCACAGUGGUUUGUAGUUCCAAAAAUGCUGAUGAACAAAAUAUCAUCUGUAUCAACUAUGUGAUUAGUAAUCGUGAGAAUGAGAAUUUGAUUUUAGACUGCUGUCAACUUGAACCCAGUGUAGAUAGCAUUAAACAUGAAGAUCUAUCAAGUAAUGAUAAAAAUUCCGGUUCGCCUGGUGGCGAUGCGGCUACAGGUGAUAGUCAUAGCGGCCAUGCAGGCAACGAUACCAAACUAACUUCUCCGAAGACCGAACCAGCUGAUACUCAGCAACAACGCUCGCGUGGCCGAGCGCCCAACAGUAACAAUGCAAAUGUGAAUAACGGUAAUAUGGUUUUAAUUAAAGAUAGAAAUACUCCAGUAAUUGGUAUUGAAUCGGAUCCAUUGCCUACAACUCUGGCAGUAACACCUGUUACAACGCCCGCACCGCCUAUCACCGCCAAACGUAAGAGAAAAAGCAAAGCAACACAACAAAUAGAAGCUGAAAAUACAGAAGUCACUGCCGUUAUAAAUGAACCGAAUACCAAAGUUCCUGCUUUAGAACGUGAAACGUCACGUACACGUUUACCCCCAAUCAUAGACGAACAACAGCAGCAGCAGCAACAGCAGCAACAGUCACAUCAACCUGCACAACAGCAACAAACUCAGCAGGCACCUCAACCUACCCCGCAAGUCCAACAAACGGAAACUUCUGUUAAAGAUUUAGAACAAGCAAUGUCCAAGCAUUUACCCUCACCUAAUAGUACCGGUGCAAAUAGCGUAGGUGGUCCCAAUACAACCGACUUUAGUGCCGACGCCUUACUGAAACAACAACAACAGCAACAGCAGCAGCAGCAACAAAAUGACAAGAGCAGUACCAUACAAUGGAUAGGAACACCACAUUAUCAACAACCAGCACCCCCUAAUCCCGCCACCGCUCUAUUACGUCUAUAUGCUAAUCGUGAAAGUGUGAUACGAGCGACAGCUCGUCAAACACCUACUGGAGUAUUUUAUGGAGAUCAGCAAACCGGUCCUCUACCAACACCGCCCGGAAGUGAGUCGUCGUACGACAACCAAUACUUGCAAUUGCACUCACACCCACAAAAGACAUCAGCGGACGCUUUCACCAAUCUGGUAUCAACUUACGGUACAUAUCAUCACAGUACCAUAGAUUAUCACAAUGCCAUGACUCCACCCAGUUCGGUAUCACCUAGAGAUUCAAGUAACUCCCUUAAUACAGCCAGCAAGACAACUACUACAGCUCUGACUAACAGUAAUGGACAAUAUGAUUAUGCGGAUCCCUUACGUGCGCAAUACGCAACACCCGCCAGUGGCGGUAGUGCUAGUGGUGAUGUUAGUACCACUUCAGCUUUACCACUUAAACCGCAGCCAUACUCCGCUUCAGCUGCCAUGCAUCACAGCAAUACCACAGAUGCUGCCAGCGGCUUAACUUAUAGCAACUUGGAUCAACCUCAAUAUUUUACACCACAUUCCUCUAGUUUUCACUUAUAUCACAAAGGUGCUCCGACCAGCGGUUGGUAUUCAACCCCUUCAUAGGUAGACCUAAUACAAGACUGUCAACAUUUUCAACAACAGCAACAGCAACAACAACAACAACCAGGCAUCUCUCCUCUUAUGUCGCCAAAUUACGCAAGACAAUUGGACGUAACUCAUACACAUGGCAUCGCAACCAAAGAUAGUUGGGAUAUUGUAGGAGCUUUAGGUAAAGUAGCUCGGAUGUUUUUCAAUAAUGUGACGAGAAAAAGUAAUUAAGUCGAAUGGGAACACCAACAAUAUUACAAUUAUUAGGGAAAAUUAAAUAAAAACUUUUCCAUAUAUUUUAAGGAAAAAGUCAAUCACUUAAUGACUUUUACUAAGCCCUGCUUCGAAAAGUUUCUUUCUCCUAAAGCAAACUGCAAACCAAGUAGAUUUAAUUUUCCAUUCUCUCUCCUUAAUUGUGUUUUCAGUUACUCAACCUCUUUAAGGCAUAUAAAAAUUACAAUAAAAUGCCCAUAAAAUAAAGACAUUACAACUGCCAUCCUAUAAUGAGGUUAAUAUACAUUUUGCAAUGAAAAUCUACUUCAACCGUUAAUAACAGAACGAAGGAUUACAAUUUAACAAAUAAACUUUUGCGACACACAAAGUCAAAGACCAAAGAAAGGAAGACCAGGAAAAGAAAAUUUUGCAAAGGCUUUAUAACUACCACAGAGCGCAUGAGAUUAUACAAAUUUUAUUUUUUUUUUUUUCGUAAUAUUUCUGAAAUACUUAAAAACACCCUGCUAGACGAAGGACUCAAACUGAUAAAGUAAAGAUUUCAAGUCCAAAUAAUUCUCUAUUAUUGUCUCUCAUUGCGCUCGUUAGUUGUAUUGUUCAAAAACAUAAAAAGCUGUGACCUUUGCUUUAUCGUCUCAAAAAAAAUCAUCAGUGAAAUGUACCCUCAUAGGGUGCUUUGCAUUUUCUUCUCUCGCCUUCUCUCUUCGGCUUUCUCUUCGCCACUUCUUUUUUUUUUUUUGUUUUCUAUUUUGUACUUUCCCCUUAUCGUCUUUGACGAAACAUACAACGAACUCAGAACUAAAAUGGAAAUAUCAGACUUGGCGUCGUUCUUUCUGCAGUCACUCUCAAAAAUGUACAUUUAAGUAAACGAUACAAAUUUCCAUGCACAUCUCUUCCCAACAAAUAUUUUUGAUCGUCGCAGCAUACUUCGAAUUUGAAAUUUAUAUAGAACCGUGUAUCCUUCCGCCAAUGAAAGUUAGAGAAUGACAUAAUCUCGAUAGAGGGAACCCCAUUACUUCCAGGUAUUAGCACAGAGAAGUAACAUGACGUUAUUGAUUUGAAUCAAGCGACUACAUUCUUAUCCGAAUCCGCUUACGAAUGAACACAAUUUUUUUUAUUAGAAAUACGAAUAAUUAAUUUUUUUUACCAUUUACCUUUACGUAUAUAUGUCGAAGAUAAUGUUAACUACACAGUACAUCUGAAAAAUGCACAUUCUCUCCAAAAAAGUACCGGGAAAAAUGUUAAAAUAUUGAAAUCUCAUUAUUUGGUCUAAACAGAGUAUUCUUAUAAAGGAUUCAUAUAAACCUAAAAAGAAACGAAAAAAAACAAAUUAAAAGUGUGAUUAACGGGCAAAGUCGACAGUUCAAUAUCUUACAAUACUUUACAACGCUUUUUCCAAAGUAAAUAUUCAGACGAAAACUGGUUUUGGAAAUGAUGCGAUCCAAUCCAUUCUGAAUUAACUGGCGUUUGAGCCAAAACAAACCAACGUGGAAUUCAGAGGAUAAUUCUGUUGGAUCGGUUCGUACACUGAAAGACGGGUUUAUUGGAUCUAUUACAAAACAUUCCUCGCAUUAAAAACAUCUGCUCAAAUUUUAUACGCCAGGUUUUACUUUAACAUAGCGACUAAAAAAAUCAUUAUAUAAAAACUUUCCGCGAGAAAUAUUCGUAUAUUGUUUAUCCAUUAAUUCACGAUAUAUGAAUUUUAAUAGUUCAUAUCAUUUUUUCGUUGUUAUUUUUCCGACCAGCCACUGAAGGAACGUCCCCUAUAUCCGCGGACAAGGUGGUGAUCAGGAAGAAUUAUGGGAAGGGAGGGGUGGAGAAACGGAGUAGUGUUUGUGAGCUUUCAUUUUGAAACUAGAAACAUGAGGUUCGGUGGGAAACAUCGCUGUUACGUUAAGUACGGUUAAAAAACGACUAGUCGCGGAAAUGUAUUGUGCAGUACGCAGAUAAUUCCAGGACAAGUUGAUGGGUACGUCGAGGAAGCUAUGUAAUCCUAUUAAAGGACAUAAUUGGUGGCCAAAAUUUUUCUAUCUCUAUAAAACACUUACCCUGGAUGUGACUGUACACAUGCUCUAAACAUAGCGCACAUUAUGCCGAUGCUGAAGGAUAUGGAGACUUUUGGACGCACUUUCGUUCUCCGUGAGCAUCUGAGCCUAUCGCUGUGUGCGAAUGUGGGCCUUCAAGCAAAUUUUGAAUGCUCCCGCCCAGAGAUACGAAUUUAAGACUAAUUUUUGCCAGAUAUACUCGGCGCAAAUGGACUUUCGGCUGGAGUGAAAGAUAUUUUGCACCGCCUUAAUAACCUUAAGCCCUCAGCUGCGUGCUUCGACACUUCAAACACAUGUUCUGUCCAAAGAGCGUUUUUUAUUCUCAUGUCUAGCACAUCUAUAUUGACACCAAAAGAUAGGUAUUGUUCAUAACUUUUCCAGUGCGUUAGAAGACAGCCUUGAGUUUUGGAAACGUUGACGCCUAACCUUUUAGUCUGAUCCCUGAUUAUUCACUGACUGAUAAUGCAGGGUUUGCUCUGUACAUCGUUGCUGCAUGGUCCCUUACUAAAGGAAAAUGACCUAUGCUGUCGUCUGGGAAUAAAGUGGGUUCUCUGUUGUGCGCAGAAGGAGGUUAAGGAAUACCGAAAGAAAAGGAGAAAGGACAGAGCCUUGUGAUAGACAUGCGUUUAAAUAGAAUUCGUUUGGGAGGUACCCGUCGAUCGCAACUCCUAUUGAGCGGUUGUCUAAGAAAUUCGAUAUGAAUCAAGCAUGAACAUGAUAUUGACACGAAAUGCAAUCGGCUUGGAGGCAAAAGCAUCGCGCCAUACUUCGCCGAACGCAUUGGAUAUAUCUAACGCAACAACCUCACUUUCGCUAAAGUGGCGAACAGCUCGGUUCCACUCUUCGGUAAGGUAGGACAUUAAGUCACCAGUGGACCGAUUUUUGAGAAAGCCAUGUUGUCUAUCGCCCAUUAGAUCGUUAGAAUCUAGAUAUCUCGUUAGGUGGUAGUUGAUCAUGACGUCCAUGGCCUUGGAUACAGCGUAACACACUGCAAUUGGGCGAUAAUUUGCAGCAUUAGUGCAGUCUUCUUGGAUAUGGGUUGGAAAAGGACAAACUUCCAGCAAGUUGGAAAAACGCUAGUGUUGUAGCAUUUGCUGAACAGAUUGCGCAAUGGUCUAGCGAAUGUGUCAACAAAUUUUUUUAGUACGGUGGCUGAAACGCCUUACCCGGGAACUUAACAAGUAUUGAGAUUGACAAGACGCUUUUUCGCGACCCUCGUUCAAAAUAAUAGUAGGUAUCGAAGAUGUGACUCUUUGGAGCGGUCACAGCGGUUGAUUGCUAUGUGGUAAAUUUGAGUUUGAAGCAAACAUUUCCAGCACGUUAGCUCUAUCAACCGGGUCGGAUAUCACUUGAUAGUUGUGGCGAAGAGUCGGAAUCGAUUCGGCAGAUUGCUUUCUAAUAACAUAAGCUCGGGGCGGAAACAAAUUGGGUACACAACCGCUACUAGUGAAAAACUUUUUCGCCGCGAACUAAUCGGUUGCACAUAUUUCUAGACAAGAACAAGGAGAACAAAGAUUUAAUAUUUACGUGGCCUUAAAAAGCGUUUGUUAAAAAUUCCACGUUACUUAUUGUGGGGUAGAUUUUAGACGGAUUACUUUCGCUCUAAACCUUUAGAUAACCUUAAUAAGCAUAGCUUUCAAAUUCUAGAUCAAACUUUAUUAGGAAUUGUGAGUCUACCAACUAGGGCAGAGCUGCAAAGAUUUUCAAGUUUUACUUCAUGAUUUCGUCUUAGAUGUUUGUUUUUGCGACUAUUAACCUUCCAGCAUCCGAUGACAGUAGUACGCAUAGAGUAAGGGACGGAAGGGCGAACAAAACUUAGAAUCUUAAGUUUACUGUAUGUUGUUUUUGGAGUCACCACCGCGUACUUUUAGGUACUAAGAAUGGAAAGACAAAUCUAUUAUACCCCUCCUACUUCCCUAUUGACAGGCAUGACAAAUGUGUUCGCACACCAAAGCAAUGCUGAUGAAUAGACACAAUAUUUAUCCUAGAACUGAAAGUUUUCGUAUACCAAGGUACCUUCUAAUAACAUAUAGAGAAAAAGUAUUAAAGAGUUUUAUCGCUUGAAACUCGUUGCUAUUGUAUAUUAUGUAACAACAAUCAUAUUACGUCACAAUGACGCACAUUUAAAUGCUGAGAAUUCACUAUAAAAUCUUUAUAAAAAUACAUUUCGUCCACAGUCUCAAAAGUUACAUUUGUGUCAAAAAGUGAGAAAUCUCUGAAAGAAUUUACUAGUUUGCUGGUUUCCGCUCUGCAAAAGUGUCGAUAUCAAAAACGUAAGUCGCUUUAGUCGACUCUACAUUGAAAAAAUCUCAAUAAAACCUUACAGAAAAUCUCUUCAUACUUAUUUUCCUCAUCUUAUACCUUAAGGCAUAGAUAUCGCUUCGUUACAUAUGUAUAUAUCCUUAAUAUAGACGGAGAAAAUGACAUGAAAUUUGAUCCAAAGCUUAAGCAUACAUAGCGUAAUCUAAGUAAGUAACUGAAUAACUACUUACAACACGAGCAGAGAGAACAAAUAUUAGAAAAAAAAAGAAUAAUUGAAUAACGAAUGAUCCACAGUUCAGAUGUGAACCGUAUACGCAAUGCACUUAGGUUUAAAUGUCAAUUAAUAAACGAUUGACAUUUUUCAUACGGAUUUAUGUUAUAUAAAGAGAAGAAAUAUAUUUCGAAUAAUAGGAAAGUGUAAAUAAUCUGUAAUUUAUUAUGAACAUUUAUAUUUAUAAAAAAAAAGUUUAUACUCUCUAAAGGCAUUUCAGUUUCUCCAGUACUCAUAUUUUGUAAAAUUAAUCUUAAAUGAGAUUUAUAUUAAAAAAAGAAGAAAAAAAGAAAAAUUAUUUAAA